AUGCGUAAAAUACUUGUGAAUUUACAGACUAAUGGUUAUAAACAAUAUCGAUGUUACAAAAGGAGAAGUCCAUGGUGCUAUGCGCCUGUAUGGAAUAUAACUUAUGGUGAAAAUCAAGCAACAAAUACCACACUCAUUGGAUACAACCGAUUUAAUUCACUGCUAGAUACAAUCAAGAAAGCAAAUGAAUAUCAGAUUGGUUCAUCGUAUGUAUGUUGGUGUGAUACAAAAAAUCCAUCGAAAGUUCAAUGGGAGCAACCGAAUUCUCGUAAUGGUCUCAUUAUACUGAUUUUCGGCGCAUUCACAAUAAUUCCUACUAUUCUUUCUUUUUUUCUUACAUAUAAGUUUUGUAAACAAAUUAAAAGACAUCAAACGAGAUAA